GUGUUGGCUCUCAAAAUAAGGAGGAGGCUUGGAACUCAUAUAACCUGACUUUUGUAGAGCAACUGAGUUUUUGCUUUCUGUUUUUACUUCUCUCAACCUCAGAACUUGCUCUUGUUGCUGGGAGCUACUGAGAAUUUUAGGAUGGCCGAGCAAUUUGUAGCUAGUCAUAUUGCAUCUGAUACAGUGGUUGUGUUUGGAAAGAAGAGCUGCCCUUUCUGUCAAAGGGCACUAGAUCUUCUGAAACAAAUUAAUAUCAAGUCUGGGCAUUUCAAAUACAUUGAUCUCACAAGCCAAAAGAAUAUGGAUGACAUUCAAGACUACCUUAUGCAGUUAACGGGUGCCCGAACGGUUCCUCGAAUUUUUAUUGGGGAAACGUGUAUUGGUGGUUUUACAGAUCUAGAUGCUCUAAACAAUAGUGGAGAACUUUCUGUCAUGCUACAGAAGAUUGGGGCUCUGUGAAGAGCAACAAUAACUACAGGAUGAAAUCACCUUGAAGCAGCACUUACAGGAUUUGGGAAUUAGAUUAAUUGGCUGUCCCGUCAUGUCUUCACACAUUGUAUAUUUCUGAAGGAAGGCAAUACAAAAAAAAAAGUUUUGCUUACUCUCUGGCUUCUAAGGCACAACUUUACCCUCUUUUGAGAUCCUGUUUGUAUGAACUGUUUCUCUGCUAAUAAAGUACACAUGACCCCAAAAGAA